CCGCUUGGCUCUCGCCCCACUGGAGCAUCAGACCCGGGAUCGGUGCCGCGCUCGGGGCUGGGGACGGGGCAGGACUCGGCGACGGGCAAGCGUCUCUCAAAUGAGAAAAAUGUAUCCAGCUCACUCUCUUGGAGAUGCAGAUGCAAUGAGAUGAGCAGGAGAUUCUGUGAUACAGAUCUUCAUUUAUUAGCAGGAGGAUAAACCCACUUCAAGAGAAAAUGGACUACAAAAUGUUACCUUUGGCUGAAUGGAAUGAGUGUCACGUCAGAGCCUGGCUAGAGUCCAUUGGAAUAAAAGAAGAAUAUGUGAAAAAGCUAUGGGAGGAGGAAGUAACAGGUCCAGUGCUUAGAAAAAUAGACGAAUCUUUUCUCAAAAGCAUUGGUAUGAAAAAAGGCCAAAUCCACGUAUUUAUAUGUGAAAGAAAUGAACUUUUGGAACGUUUGAACAAAAAAGCAGGUAUAGGGCAAGCAGAUAAUCCCAGCUGUAAGACUCCAGAAAUCUUGAGUGACACUGGUAGAACAACUAGUGCUCAGGAAAAGACAGUGAAAAUCAGGAAUUCUAACAUGCCUACAACAGCUAAUGUACCAGCUGAAAAGAGAGAGUGUGACUUGAAGACCAUCCAAAUCACACGGCCUAAAAAUGUACCAAGUUCUCAAGUAACAUUUCACCAGCACGCAGCUUCAAAAACAGACAUCUCUGGUCCACUAGAAGAGUCUAGCAGGGAAGACACGGAAAAAUCUGUGUCUACCCUUGUCAGGACAGAAAAUGGGAAAAGUCAUUCAAUGCAUAAAAAAAGAGUUGAAGCUUUAACUCUGAGCCGAUUUCGACCAUUUGGCACUCACGAUAUUAAUUUUAAGUAUGUGAAAAACACAGUCCUUUCUCCGGAAACAGGAGUCAUUGAUUUGAUCACCCCUUGCCAUGAAUACAAAUCUUUUGCCAUUGCUGCGGAGCUAGACAGACCACGUCUUGAAGCAAAGUUUGCCUUUGAAGUGAUUCGAUUUGGCUCAGCCUGCAUGAAUAUCCGAAGUAAUGGAACGAUACACUUUGGUGUCAUGGACAGGUUUGAAGGUGACAAGGAUUAUGAACAUGGGCAGAUAAUAGGUGUGCCAGUCAGAAACAGAGACAUCUAUGUUGAUGCAUUGGAUAAAAACAUUGCAAAAUGUUUCAAUGCAUCAGACCAAGAAGCUGCAAGAAUUUGCAUUCGCCCUCCUGUUUUUAUUGAAGUGAUUGAGAAGGACUCUCAAGACCAACGCUUUGUGGUGGAGGUUGACAUUGAACCAUCAUCCAGUACAGUGAAGGGGAAGAUUUUUCAAGUACGCUUACCUAGAUUUAACGAAAACAGCAAUAAGACAAUAUGUGAAAAAUAUCCAGUUCUCUAUCAAAGACUUAAGGCCAAUUCUGAACCUGUAAAGAAUGAAGAACAACUGGAUUUUAUUCAGGGUUUAAAAGAGAGGGAUGUUAGAAGAGAAAUGGCUGAGUCCUCCAGUAAUGAAGACCUGAUAGAAACUUCACAGGAUUUAGGGCGUAAGUUAUUAGUUCUAUUAAAUGAUGGAAAGACCUAUAUAGAUGACUAUCUGAGUUAUAUCCUUGUCACAAACAGAUGUGGAAAGGAAGAUCUUAAGUCUAUCAACUUUUUAAUGCGCAUGAAUAUUUUCUGUGUGUUUGAUUUUGAUGAGGAUUCCAAUGUGUCAGGUUUACAUGCCAAGUACAAAGAGCAUCAUGCAACAAAUUUCCAUUUUUUGCAAAAUUAUGCCAAUGAAAGCAAGAUGAACACCACUGAAUUUAAAAAAGAUUUGGGCCUAGAUGAUUACACCAGCUGGAUAUUUUGCAAUGGACGUAGUGACUUCUCUGGGGAUGAAAAACCUUGUGAUGAAAAUACUUGGAUUAGAACGAAAAAGAAGUAUCUUAAGAAAGCCGUUUCUUUUAUCUGUGAUGAAAUCCUUCCAAAGGGAUCUUUUGUGGUACUGUUCCUACUAUCAUCACCUGUGGAGAAGCCAAUUGUAGACACCUUCCAGGAAUUCUAUACAGAAAUGAAUGGUAUGGAUUAUAUCAUAUGCAUUGCAGAGUCCAAAGAAAAUUAUGAGAAGUGGGCUAACCUAGCUCAGGCAUCUUGUAGCAUUGAGACACUAGAACAGAGGAGCAUUGUGGGCAUGAAGCUAAGUCACGUAGAUGCCACUAUUCAAAACAUGAUGCCUUCUACAAUAUGUCCCAGACGUUUACCAGUUUCCACAAGAGGUCUGUGUGUGCUUCCAACACUGGAAGAAGAGAAAAUGUUUUCCCUUGAAAUAUUGUGUACAAAUCAAUGUGAUGAUAUCAAACUGGAUCUUCUGAGCACAAAAGAAAUACAAGAGAUAGAACGAACAUUUUACCAAGGUAGAAAAGUCAGCUGGAAAAAUUUCUGGCUUGCUGAUAAAGGGGGCUGUGGAGAAGUCAUUGAACGUGAUGCCUGCAGAGAUGUUCAUAAAAUCUUAGAUGGCAUUUUGCAUGAGAACAGAAUCAGGUGGUCUGUGGCUAAACUAAAAAUAUUUCAUCAACCUGGAAGUGGAGGAAGCACCAUUGCAAGGCAAGUACUAUGGAAAAGAAGAAAGGAUUUAAGAUGUGCUGUGGUGAAAUCCUCAUAUCCAGUUGCAACUGUCUCCCAACAUGCAGUUAAUUUUAGAGAAUAUGAUGAAAAUGACAUGAAGAAUUCUCUCCCAGUCCUCCUCCUUGUUGAAGACUAUGAUGAAGAUUAUCUAGAUGAGUUAAAGAAUGAUUUAAUGGAUGCAAUGACAGCUAGAAGAGGUCAUUCAUCCAAGCCUUGUUUCAUCCUCAUGUGCUGUAAACGAUCUAAUGUCCCUGAAAAGCUUUGCAAAGCUUCUCCUCUCGAUACAGUUGCUGUCACUCACAAACUGUCAGACCAAGAGAAACAUCUGUUCAAAACCAAAAUUGAAAAGCUUGAAAAGCAGAAAGACUUCAAGCCUGAAUUUAUAAUUACGUUUGUCCUGAUGAGUAAGGAGUUUAAGGAAACAUAUAUCACAGAGUUUGUAGAGCACUGGAAGGAAGGCAUAGACCUUUCCUCCCAUGUUACUAGUUUGAUGAAGUAUGUUGCUUUGCUCAAUUCCUAUGUACAUGGUUCAUACAUUUCAUUAUCACACUGUGAAGCAUUCCUAGGGCUGGGGGCAUAUACAGAAAAGAGAGAGUAUGAUUUCAAAAACAACUUAAGUGAACAGGCACGACUUAUUUUCAUUGAAUUAAGAGCAAAUACCACCUAUAUUUCAUGUGUUCAAAUAAUACAUCACCUGGUUGCUAAGGAAAUUCUGCACCAACUCUCAGGAAGUCAGCCUCAAAGUCAAAUUGCAAUUAAUCUUCUCCAGGAAAAAAUGCUUUUUCAGCACAGAUUUGGACGGGAAGAGUUCAUAAAAUUCAUCAGAGAUCUGUUUAUACGACGCGACAAGAAGAGCAGGGGAGACAAUACCGACAGCCUCUUCUCUCCAUUCAUUGAGCAUGUCUGUAAGGUUGAAAACUGUGAAAAAGCUAUAGAGGUUUUAAAAACUGCAUACGAAUGCCUGGGAAAAGAUGCCUACUUUGCCCAGCAGCUUGCUCGAUUGCAUUACAAUCAUGAAAAAUUUGAGGAUGCAGAAUAUUGGGCAGGGGUAGCCAAAUCUCAUUUGCCAUAUGAUUCUUUUAUUUUGGAUACAGAAGGUCAAGUGUACAGGAAAUGGUUUAGUUUUACUGUGGACAAAGAGACAGAUGAAGCCACUCCUAGUGAAGUCAUUGAGAUGAUAGAAAUUGCCCUUAAAGCUAUGAAAUGCUUCAGGGCUGCACAACAGGCUGCAAAGUCAGAGAUCGACAGCAUGAACAAUGCUGGUUAUUUUGGAGAGGUUGAAGUGGGAUGUCGUCUACUAAAAUUUCUGUCUAAACUUGAGGUAUUUCCCAGAAACACACAAGGGGAACAUCCUGAGCUUGUGCGUUAUUUGCUAACAGACUACAUUCCUGAGGAAAUUAAAAAACCCUGGGGAAAGCUCCACAGUCGUUUAAAAGGCUUACGCCAGAACAUUUAUAAUGCUCUGGAGUGGAUUUCAGAAGAUCUAAGUUACUUCCAAACAGAUAAAAACCAGAACAAAGAAAAUGAGGCGGAGGAGAAAGAAGAACAAGUCUACAAUCCCAGAAAGUGGUUGAAAAGGCAGUCUGAGGUGUAUGCCAAAUUCUUUACCUCAGACUCCCUUACUGUGGUAAUAAAAGGAGGACCUGAAACCCAGCUAGUCAAAAGCAUGAACAUUUAUAAGUAUGGUGGUGGCAGUGUCACUACCAUUCUUUCACUGUUGUCAGAUUCAAAGGAUGAGAGGUCAGUUAAUAAGCUAGAAAAAAUAAUUAGUUUAUACCCUGAAGACCCACAUAGAGGAAGCUUGGAGGACAUUGAUCUCAUCAAUUACAUUUUGUGUCACAUCGCACUAGCAUGUUUAUCUCCAGGAUCUUCCAAACUUCUUCCUUUUCAGACACUUAGAGAACUCAGCAAUAGAUUCUUUAAACAGAGAAGAACAGCAUUUCCCGCAAGUGCCCAUUUUUUGCUCACCUUACUGUACUGGCCAGAUGAUGCAUUAGACAGAGAGUCUAAUCCGGAUAAAAAUGAUAUUCUCAUCGCUGCUCUUCAGUCCAUGAAGCGCUUAUAUGACGUCAAGAUGAAAAACAUUGCUCCAAGAAAAAAGAGAAUCUACACACAUUUUUUCCUGGGAAAAGGCAACGGUCUAGGAAAGUUUGUGCACAAGACUAGGAUUGAUAAAUUAAUUGAUGGCUCCCUAAAUGAACGACGAAUGAAGUGGCUACAUGGAGAUGUAUGGAAAAUAGGCAAAGUUCAUAGUGUCUUAAAAAGAGUGAAUGGCUGGACAGAAAAGGGAAAAGUAUUUGCGCGGGGUCAUGUUGGGCAGAUUCAUAUUUUGCCUUUACAUUUUGAUUCCGUGCCUCCAGGAAAUGAAAAUGUGACAUUUUAUUUAGGAUUUUCAUUUAGUGGGCUUGUUGCCUAUGACAUUCAGGUAAAAAAAUAAAACAAUCUGCUCCAAAAAAUAAGGUACUUAGUGCAUUAAGUUGAAAUUCCCACUGGACUGAAAACAUUGCAAGAUAUUAAUUUUUUUUACCUGUUACAUUCUGAAAAGAACAUACACUAAAAAUAAGUCCAACUGUCCAAAAUGAGUAAUAAAUCUUUUUCUUAGAGCAAGUACAACCAAAACUCUGACAUAGUGUCAUUAGUGUCAACUGCCAUAUGCAAUUUUCAAGUAAUUGUUUUGUAUCUGAAUACUUUGUUUCAAUGUAGCUGUCAUGAUUCAAUUCCCCCUUAGGAAAUUUUUAAGUUAUUGUCUCUUGGAAAGAAUGAAGAAAACUGGAUAUUCAGCAUAGAGAGGCUUCAUCCUUUAUUUGCAUAAAACUGAAAUGAUAUGUAAGUUUUCAUAUUAAUAACGCAAACUUAGAAAUAUGAGCCAGCACUUAUAAGAAGAAAAGUAGUGAUGGAGCUGCUCCAAGAUCUUGAAUGCUAGGAAAUCCUUUUAAAAUCUGUAAUCAUUGUGACUGAGCUAUUUUGGUCAUAGAAUCAUAGAAGAUUAGGGUUGGAAGAGACCUCAGGAUGUCAGCUAGUCCAACCCCCCUGCUCAAAGCAAGACCAACACCAAUUAAAUCAUCCCAGCCAGGGCUUUGUCAAG